AUGGUUUUCAUGCAUGGUGAACGUUAUCAAUGGCAUAACGAUGACCCGAUUUACGAUGCUGUCCCAAUCAUACAAUCUCUUCGCCUUCCCCAUGUGUUCAGCGCUGGCUACGCUCCGCUCCGCUGCGCAUGGAUUCCCGGGUGUCCGGACGAAUUGUAUCCAUUAAAUCCCAUAGAGAAGGGUCCCGAAGAUCGCAGACUCACAGAAGCUGCCUACGCAUCCGCAUUCGAAACCAUGCUACCAAAUACCCCUGUCCCGUCGGUUGUCGGGGCACCGUGCUCGUCUCAGUUCGCAGUGACACGCGACCAAGUAAGGAAGAGGUCGAAACUGACCUAUGAACGCAUACGCCUCUGGGCCAUGGAAACGGUUCUUCCGGACCGUAUUAGUGGACGGAUUCUGGAGUAUAUGUGGCACAUCAUUAUGCAAAUGCCAGCAGUGUAUUGCCCACCAGCAGCGCAGUGCUACUGCAUGACAUUUGGUUUGUGCAACUUGACAUGCAGUCGCAUUACCAGCUGCGAGAAGAGGUAUAUUCUACCGAAAGUUGCGACGGUGCCCAACGGCUGGCCGGAGGAAGGUGGAGGAAGAAAUGGCUGGCCAGUCCCUGGCUGGAACGAAUGA